AUGUCUGGAAAUAGAAGCUGUCAGAGCUCCUGUUGGCUAAGGAAGCAAACAUUCUCCUGCUCCACAAAAAACAAGCCACUGUUCCCUAAGAGCCAUGCGGACCACCUCCUGCAGGAAAACCACUUUGCCCAGCAGCUGAACUUGUCCACCCAGGUUUUCCUCUCUGCCAUUCUCAAAUAUGUCACCUCCAACGUUCUAGAGGUGGUGGGCAACAAGAGCCACAGCAACUGCAGGAUUCAGAAGGCAGCGGACAACGACCUGCAGCUCAGCCACCUCUUUGAAGAGGACACCAAUUCUCAGGCUCGUGAAACAUUCUAG